AUGGGGCCCACGAUUAUAGAGACUUCAAAAGUUCUUGUUCUUGAUCUUGGGAAACACGCCAUAGAACCCGUUUUAACAGUAGACGACGAACUGGUUGAAAUAUGCGCACCUUUCGCAUUUAAGCUCGUCCAUAGCGCUGAAAGGGUUAGGGAUCCUGUGACGAACGAAGUCACUAUGUGUACUGAGGCCGAGGAUUAUGUAUGGUUCUAUGAAUGCUUAAAAGAACAACCUGGUCAAAAGAGAGGGAAGAAGGCCUCUGUAAUUAGAUCUCGAGAUACCGAGAACAUUCGUUAUUAUGCCGAUAUGGCUCAUCGCCCUAUUCGUGUACGAUUCAACGAAAUUAGGAUUAAAGAAACUCUGGGGGUGCUGUACAGUACCGACAAUGAGGUAUCGGCGAAAUUGAAACUUUUUGAAGUUUGCUCAAAAAUUCGGAUAAAUAAAAAAACUUACACAGGCUAUGACAGUUGGAUAUCCGGUUUUGCGAAGCAGGGGCUCAGAGACGACAUAUUUAGGCUUGCUCACGAGAUUAGGGGCUUAAAUGUGGACUUCAAGCUUCCAUCUUCGACUGAUGUGAUAGUGGAUCCUACGAAAGGAUGGCUAUAUGAUUCCAAGAGAAAGGAUCAUAUGCUGUGUUGCCCGACGAGUGGUAGACCCGUGCUAAAUGAGGAAGACGAAUUCAUUUGGGCAUAUGAUCUCAAUAAGAGAAAGCCAAAGCCAACCAGAACGGCUUCUGCACCUGUGAAUGGGUCUAUGAGUGCACCAAAAGUGCUGCAGAAGAACCCGGAGAGUAGAGAUUCCGACACUAGCAAAACCGAAGGAAAGCGUGGGGAGAUCAAACCUCACAGCCAAGGUAGUUCUAAGGACAAACUUCCUAGGCAGAGUAGUUCCGGGGAAAGGGUUUCCAGAAAGAGAGAUUCCAAGGUAAGACCUCUCAGACAGCCUGGUUUCAGGGACAAACUUCCUAGCCAAAGUGACUCCAAAAAUAUACCUCCCAAGCGGAGUGAUUCUAGCGACAAAAUUUCCCGUAAGAGUGAUUCCAAGGUCGCACCUUCCAAGCAGAGCGACUUUAGGGACAAACUUACCAAGCAUAGUGAUGUUAAGAACUCUUCAGAAAAGAAAUCUUCGGAUGGGAGAACAACUGGCGGACCUACUACUAAGAGACCCGUUGCAGACAGGUCGCAAACUUUUGCAUGA